AUGACGAAAGUUCAGAUUCUCUGCUCAUUAUGCGACCUCCAUUUGUCUUUUUUAAUGCAACUAGUCCCAUUUUUUCCAUAUAUUGUCGGUGGAUGUGCAGCUGGACUCCUGUUACAAUUAUCCCUGCUAUCACCUCAUGUUUGUAUGACGAUUCUUUCGUUUUUAGUUGGAUUCCAAGUGAAUACACUAAAUCUUUGUUUUCUAAGGAAACAUCAAAUAAUUGCUCAAAUUAGCGGAGAACGGGUUUUGUCGAAAAAUGUCUACAACUUAAUAGUUUUCCUGUUGCUAGCCUAUCCCUUCACUUAUUCUGUCCCAUUUCAGUUGGCAGCAAAAUCCAAAGAAGAUCAAUAUAAGAUUAUUGACAGGAAGUACCCCCAUUACCGAACCAAAUUUGAAAAGCUGGAGAAUUUCGAAGUUUAUGAGCUAAACACAAUGAUGUCUACAUUUUUCACAAUGAUUAUUCUUGGCUGUGGUCAGUCAACUCUAACAGUUUCUUUGUUGGUAUUUCAAAUGUAUAAAGGUCUUCUUUUAUGUCGCUCAAGUUUAUCCAAGUCCACUCUAGAGAAGCACAAGUCUUCACUUAAAAGUUUGGUUGGCCAGUUCAUGACGACACCUAUCGCAAUACUACCAGCUAUGCUAAUAGUCCUUACCAUUGUUUUUCCAUUUUCAGAAGCACAAAGUGAGCCCGAUAGAGCACAAAAUUUCACUAGAUACAUGCUCAUGAUAAUGUCAACGCAUUCAGCGGUGAAUUGUCUAGUAGUCAUUUUCACAUUUCCCGAAUUCCGAAAUUUUGUUUUCUUCUGGAGAAAAAAAGGACUGACAAUCGGACAAAGACCACCAGUUAGUAUUGCCUCCAGUGGCCUUGCAAGACCUGUCAGGAACUCGUGGACUAAUUCAGUUUCUUAA